AUGGCUCUCAGGCUUUGCCUUCUCGAAAUCCCGCCGACUUACCAUAAUGGGGGCGUGGUUGUCGAAAGUCUUUCCGUCGACGGCAAUCUCGAUGGACCCAAGAUCCAAUCCUCGGCGACCCGCUCCUCGUUUGACUUCUGGUACUUUGGCGCCGCGUCGUCUUCCAACACUGCGGGAGUCAUCGUCACCUUCUUCAACACGGCCGAGCUCGGGCACGAUAAGCCCCUGUCGGUCCAAGUCUCCGGAUCUUUCCCGAACGGAACCCUCUUCAGCGGCGAGGCCUUGGCUACGAGUAACGCGGUCGUCAACACCUGUUCGGGAGGCAUUGCCGGUAUCUGGGGCGAAACGGGAGCCAGCUUUCGGGGGACAGACCUACAAAAGGUCAACGUCGAGUAUGACAUACUCCUAGAUAUGGCUAGCAUCGGCACCAAGGGCAAUGUGGUGCUGAAGUCGGCAACAGUCAACCUAGACAUCAACGGCACCUCCCUCAGCUUCAGCAACGGAAUCGGCUACCACGACAAGAACUGGGGCGACGCGCCAGUCUACACCAACGCCAGGUCCUGGGACUGGGGCCACGCGCGGUUCGGCCCCUACUCGAUCGUCUGGUUUGGUAUCCUCGACCGCACCAACACGGAGCGCCUCCAUGCCUUCGUCGCCAAGGAUGGGAAGCCUGUUCUCCUGAGUUGUGUCGAUUCGGUCCUGCAGGUGCACCAGUGGGGAGGGGACGCGGCGUAUCCGCCGGUUUCGGGGCUCGGACACGUGGGCGGGCUCACAGCUCGCUUUACUCUCCAAGACGGGCAAGUGUUGGUGGCCAACGUGACGACCGAUCUGCUGAUCGAAAACUUGGGCGGCGGUAUUUUUACCCGAGCCAUCGGAUCCGUGAAGGGGGGUGUUGUGGGCCAAGACAUCUUUGAAGGUCGCGCAAUGUACGACGAGAACAUCUUCGGCUAG